UGAAACUCUCUAGUUAACUUCACCCAACACAGCUGAACCUAACACACUCAACUUUUUCUCUCUCUCGGUAAAGUGCUUCUGACAACCGUUGGAUUUUGAUCGAAAGGUCAAUAGUUAUUUCAAAUAACAAGGUAGGAACAACAAAAACAUCCUAGAUUCCUAUCUGGGGUUCGGUUUCUCUCAUCAACCAACUUCAAAUUCUUCCCUUUCUUCUCUUCUCUCUUCAAAUUUACAUUCAAGGCUUCCACCCAGCUGAAAAAAUCAUGGAAUCAGAUAGUAGUACUGUGUCUUCUAUGAUCACGAUGGAUGAAGAUUUGCAUCCUCAUCAGUUUUCUUCUUCAACUUCUAAACUACAUAGCAAUGGUACUCCAACUUCUACAAGUGUUCAUGAGCUUCUUGAAUGCCCUGUUUGUACCAAUUCAAUGUACCCUCCUAUUCAUCAGUGCCAUAAUGGGCAUACCCUAUGUUCAACUUGUAAGACAAGGGUACACAACAGGUGCCCGACUUGCAGACAGGAGCUCGGUGAUAUUCGCUGUUUAGCAUUGGAGAAGAUAGCAGAAUCACUUGAACUUCCUUGCAGAUAUACCUCUGUCGGGUGUCCGGAGAUAUUUCCAUAUUACAGCAAACUGAAACAUGAGUCGAUUUGUAACUUCAGACCUUACAACUGUCCGUAUGCUGGGUCGGACUGUUCUGUUGUCGGGGAUAUUCCACACCUUGUUGCUCAUUUAAGGGACGACCAUAGAGUUGAUAUGCAUUCUGGAUGCACUUUUAAUCAUCGUUAUGUCAAGUCAAAUCCGAUGGAAGUAGAAAAUGCUACAUGGAUGUUAACAGUCUUCCACUGUUUUGGACAAUAUUUUUGUCUCCAUUUUGAAGCCUUUCAACUUGGAAUGGCUCCAGUUUACAUGGCAUUCCUCCGUUUCAUGGGCGACGAAAGAGACGCCAGAAGCUACAGCUACAGUCUCGAGGUAGGAGGAAACGGGCGCAAACUAAUCUAUGAGGGCAGUCCAAGGAGCAUUAGAGAUAGUCACAAGAAAGUCAGAGAUAGUCAUGACGGCCUCAUUGUGUACCGCAACAUGGCACUUUUCUUCUCGGGCGGAGAUAGGAAAGAGUUGAAGUUGCGCGUAACGGGAAGGAUAUGGAAAGAACAGCAAAACCCUGAAGGUGGUGUGUGCAUACCAAACUUGUGUAGCUAAAUUGUUUUGUUUGCAUCUUUUCCCUCCAUAUAUAUAAGCUAUGUAGGGUUGAAUUGAUGUUCUUACAAGUUGUUGAUAAUUUUGGAAAGUAAUUACAUUAAACUUACUGAAUGGUGAUGUUGUUUUCAUCUAACAAAAUAACAUAUUCCUCUCACUUUUCUAACCAA